CCUUUGCUACAUGCGCACAUUCAGCAGACGAUGUUUCUGUACAAGGUUAAUAAUGUGGGUGGAGGUCACAGACACGAGAGUUCAACAAACUUUACUCCUAUGCAUUUCGGUACUUUCUUCUCACUGCGAGCACAUGUGAGAAUGUUCAAUGAUUCCCUGGGGAAAAUGUGGAUGGGUCACGUGACCUAUGUUGCCACAUCAGCAGGCAGGUACGGGUUUAUACAUUGUGCGCUGGCGUCGUGGAAAUUAGGCCAGACAUGGAACAAAUCCUGUGUGUUGGUGUUUGACGCUGCAAUACAGUGUGAAACACUGGAUUUAGAGAAGUUAUCUUGGUUGUAUGGAGUCUAAUCUUCAGGGCUUUUUUGGGGGGGGGAGGGCCGGGGGAUGACAGGAGAGUGCGGAAAGUGGAUACCAACUUGGGCAUUGCUUUUUGCAUUGAGCACGAUUACCAGUGAAACAGCAGAUCACACAAAGACGUCCACACAACAACAAGGCCUGUUCAUGUGCAUGUGGCUCGUUCUGAAGUUUUGCACAUUCGAGUGCACAUUGUCUGGAUGCGUGAGGUUUGAAGGAGUUCCAGUCCCAUCAGCUGCAUUUCGCCAGUUUUUUGGGGGCGGGGGAGGUGGAGAGGGAAGAGUUCUCCCUCCCACCUACCCAACCUCUUGCCCAGCAUGCUUCCGAUGUGAGUGCACCAUCCGAACAUUCUCCACGUCAGCGCAAAGGAGGACAGUGAGUUCGUUUGUGCCAGUCUCUCUGUAACAGUGCCAGUAUUACGGUGUAGGCACACUGCAGUUUAAAGAGAUUGUGUAUGUUAUAGCGGUAUCUUAUCCAGGCAGGACUAACUGAGGGUACAUGUCCCUGCAUGGAGUUACACUUGCAUUGGGGGAAAGGGAGUGCCCUGCUUAUGGUUAUCUAAGGCUGUCGCAAGCCGGCUCUAACAGACGGCAUACAGCAGAUGGCUCCUCGUCCCGAGCCAUGGCAUUGGACAGGAACCUGAUGUCCACCAGCUCAACCACUCAGCAACUGCUCAUCAGUCUGGACGAAGUUGGGCCAGCCUGUUUGGCACAGUCUGUUAUGGGCAAGUUGUGUGCAGAGGCGCCCUGAGGCGCAGAGUGACAGAGAUGCAACGGAAAUGCGACGGCUAAAGUCCAGACUUUUACGUGCUGUCCAGGGUCCGGCUGGAUCUGAGGCUACUUCCCUCUCCAUGAUACAUGUAGCUUCACGCUCAAUCUGUUGGAAUGAUAUGCAGCCUUUGCAUUGGCUUUGUCGGUGAGUGCAUGGGAAGGGAUCAUGAAUGGAUGAGGCCACGGAAGCUGAAGUAGUCAGUGACAGCCUGCCUGGGAGUGAAGAAGGCGAUCUGGACAUUGACUUGGAGCUGAGCAACAGGCUGGAGGACACCAUUAAGCAGGAGCGGGUGGAAGAGGAGGAAGUGGAUGAGGAGGGGGAGGAAGAGGAUCGCCUGGAAGCUGCAGCCAGCCAGGAGAGCCAGGGCUCCCCGACGGAGAAAAGUGGAGCCAAAGCAGCUGAAGCACCAGCAGCCACAGCAGCAGGGGCAGCAGCCGGCGGACAGAAGAGCCUGACCGGCUACCAGUGUCGACUGUGCACCGUCCUACUGUCAUCUCAGGGAGCUCUGGAUGAGCACAUGAACAUUCACAGCGGCUCGCGGCCCUACAAGUGUCGGGAGUGCAACUUCAGCUGUUCGCUGCAGAACACCUUGGUGCAGCACCUGGCCGUUCACAGCCAUCCCCGGGCUGAUAUGAACAGCCAACUGUGGCUGGAGCAACCGCAACAACAACCAGCCCAGCCAGCAGUGUACAACAACCACCACCACCAAGCCGACCGGCAGGCUCCUGAGCUCCACCCUCCAGUGCCCCUCCCGCCCCGAAUGCCACUUCCUGAAAACCACGCCCCAAGCCUGCCAUUCUCCACCGCUGUGGAGCAGGCCCUGAUGCCAUCGGGGCUGCCCAGCUUUCCCGACCAGGGCAAGGUGUUCCAGUGCAAGCUCUGCACUCACGUGUCCCCAACCAAGACGCACCUGAAUGAACACAUGAAUGUCCACACCGGCAAAAAGCCCUACAAGUGCUUGGUUUGUGGUUUCAGCAGUGCCUUUCGGAGCAGUCUCAUGCGCCAUCUUAUUGUUCACACAGGCACAAGCAAACAGUUCAAGUGCGAUUCCUGCCACUACCAGACUCCAUACAAGUGUAACCUUCAAGCCCAUAAGCGCAAACGCCACAACUCCAAUUCCUUGGACAGUCUUGACAUGAACUACCCACCUGUCACCUCCCAGAACCAGACCCCUCUGGAGGACAGCCCCCCGCUGCAGACUCAUGGCAAACUGUUUUCAUCCGAGGAGCAAGCUCGUUACCUCAUGCAGUCCGAGCUGACCAACUCGGCCCACCCAACUCACCAGUCCCACGAAAACUCAGGGAACCGCCGGCACUCACUCUCGCCCGAUGACCACGACUCCUCAGCGUCCAACGACACACAUGAAUCGGCCAGGAUCACCAACUCUCACGUGCCCUUGCUGAAGAGUGGCGAUGCCAGUCGGUACAACUCAGACGGGUCGGUUGUACCGCAGUCCCCUGAGCCACCUGUGCUGGAGAAGAACUCACUAGUGAGCAAUGCCGAGAUGACUGACAGACCCAAGUCAGGAGAAGCGCUGGACUUCUCGAGCCCAUCCAUGAGCAACAACGUCCACGACUUGAUAACCAAUGCGAGCACAACGCAGAGUGCCAUUUCUAUGCUGUCGAACUCCGUCUCCUCGGCUUCGUCAGCGUUAGGGCUGCCAUCGGGGGCAUCGUUCACCAGCAGUGUGCCCAACAGCAUGGCGACCAGCAUUCCUAGCACCUCGCCCCAGCACCCCCUCACCGAAAUCUCGGUCAUCACACCACUGCAGUGGGCCGGUGCAGGCUUCCCCAUUUAUCGGCGAAAGAAAGAGGGCGGUGCCCGCAAGCGCAAGCGCACCCCUUUACCCAAACGCAACUACCUCAUUUCGCCCAACGGUGACGACCUCAACAACUCCUGGACCGACACACGACCAGAGAUCGCCGACUACGUGCGAGCUGGUGGGGAGCCCCAAGCCAGGCAAUACUGCCAAGUCACUCAGGCUUACAGUUUCAAGACAGAAGAGGGCCUGCCUUAUGCAAUCAAAUCAGGCGGCAUCAACGGCGUGGACCUGUCGGUGGGGCCCCGGGAGGUGGUGUAUCCAGACAUCGAGCCAGUGAGCAACAGCUCAGUGUCACCCGUCAGUCAGGCAGCGGAUGACACCCCAGAUGAGCGCAACACACUACCUCAGGGGUUGCCCGUUAUGAUGGAUGCCCACCCGGAGAAUCUGGCAUUCAACCAGUCCUCCCAAGCCACCCAGACCAACUUGCCCUACGUCGUGGGUGAUUCCUCAGGUAAGUUGGAUGGGCAGGCCCAGACAGAUCAGGUGGGGCCUGACCCCUCCUCCCUCCCCAGCAACCUCCUCAAGUGCCCCCAUUGCGAGACGUUCUUCACUGACCACGUCAUCUUCACGCUGCACAUGAGCUGCCACGGCAGCCGCCAUCCCUUUCAGUGCAGCAUCUGUGGCUACGUCUGCCGGGAUAAGAUUGAGUUCACCUGCCACAUCACCCGCAGCCAGCACAUGCGGUGAAAAUCAAAUCCACAACAGCACACCCAGUUUCCAAAUGUUUUCCCCUCCCCUUGCAUUGUAAUAUUUUGUUGGAAAGUGCGGAGGGGAGGACAUUUUAUUUUUAUUGUUCUUUUGUCAGGUUAUUCACCUAUUUACCUCUUGCGGACCACUUUGUACGAUGUGAAUCUUGAUAAUUGUGGAACUCAAGGCUUAACUCAGGGAGAAUGAAAUAUUGAAGAAACUUAAGCUGCCAUGUUUAGUCAAGGUUGUGUGUCAUGUCCUGUAUGUAUGGUUCUGUCGUAAAAAUUAAAUUUACGUGGUUUAAAAGAAGUAUACAGGUAAUUAUUCUAAAUUGUUUUGUAAAAAAAAACAAUAGAGAUGUCUAUAUGUAAAAUGCACUCGCAGGUGGAUUAUAUAUAUUAAAUGAGUGCUUUUAUUAUUGUGAAGUCACCAUGUGACAGACAUCUCCAAAUGCUGAAAAGCUGAGUACAAAAGGAAAGGAUAAGUAGUGUAAAACAUGAGUCUUGAUAGUAGGUUCGAGUUUUGGACUUUUGAAGUAGAAUUUUUGUAGAAAUAUAUAUAUAACUAGAUGCAACAUAUAAUCAUGAUUGUAUACAGGUUGCAAGCAGUUGUUCCUCUGCUUUAAAGUGGCAGUGCCUGCGAAUUUGUUUCCCUGUAUUUUUCUGGUCGAUAUGCCAUUUUAAGGGAGAGAAAUCACAGGAGAGAAUGGGAAGGUCCAAAGGGGGAAGGUCGAGAUCUGAGAAUUUCCUCCAAAUGUGAUGGGUGGGCUUCAGAGGACCAUCUUUAACCUUGAAAUGGGAGGGAAAAGGGGAGAGGAGUGACUGUUUUUUGCCUGGGAAAGCAAACUUGGCAAGUCUCAGUGGCGUGAGACUGGAUGAAAUGGUGGCACUUGAAAUGUCCUUUUGAAGAAAUCACUUUCAUAUUUGUGGUCAUCAUGUCCACCUUGACUGGUGUGUGCCAAAAAGAGAGAGAAAAAGGUUUGUCUGAAAAUGAAAUUCUCAGAUCGAUUGUGGAAGAUGCAGAUGCGUCAGUCUGUUUGGAGGGGCAACAGGAAUUGACUGUAGUUGACAGAGUGAUUGCGUUUACAAGCAGUCAGUGCCUUCAUGUUUUACUGCUUUUUAGUCACCUGCUGGGUUCAUUUGUUACUUUGGAUAGCUUUAGCUUGCGUUGCUCUUUUUUUCCAUUUUUUUCCCUUCAUUUUUAAAGCUUCAAUUUCGGCUUGCUCUCAAGUGUUAAUUGGAGAAGCAGGCGGCCUUCAUGUUGUAAAUAGUUUUCAUUCUCUUUUCAUUUUAAAUUCUGGUUCGAUUUUAAAGUGCACUGAUUAUUUGUCUGAAGAAUACCGAAGAGGGGAAAAAGCAUUCGGUAAACAUGAAAUGUUUUUUCCCGGGGAACAAUGCAUUCUGUCAUUUAUUUAUUUUCUGCAAUUCUUGACAGUUCAAUAUAUCAACACAAAAUCACACUGAACAGAAUUUUACAUCAAAGACCAAUGUGAUCAUAUUUGUUGGAUUUCCACUCCCCCCCCC